AUGACUGAUUUAGCACAGGAAAUGAACAAGCUCUCUGUCAACGGUGAGGCCCGUAACGGUGCCCCAGCCGCCCAGAACGGUGCUCCAGCCUCAGGCGCCAGCAACGGUUCUUCUGACAAACCCCAAAAGCGCCAGUACGUGCCACCACACUUGAGAAACAGACCUCAAGGCCAGUCCAGAAACUUUGGUGGCAACGACUUUGGUGGCUCUGGAAACCGUGGUUUCGGCGGUGGAAGCCGUGGCGGUUCUGGCUUUGGCGGUUCUGGUUUUGGUGGCGGUCGCCGUGGUGGUUUCGGUGGCAGAGACAACAACUCGAGACCAAACCCACGUUCCGGUCAGGGCCGUUGGGUUGGUGGCAAGCACGAGCCUUCUCCACGUAACGAGAGAAUAGAGGUUGACUUGUUUGGUUUGCCAGACGAGACAGUCCACUCCUCUGGUAUCAACUUCGACAACUACGAUGAUAUCCCAGUUGAAGCCUCGGGUGACGAUGUCCCAGACGCUAUUACUUCCUUCACUGCUCCUCCUUUGGAUGAGCUUAUGGUUGAGAACAUCACCAUGUCUAGAUUCACCAAGCCUACUCCAGUCCAGAAAUACUCUGUUCCUAUUGUCGCUAACGGCAGAGACUUGAUGGCUUGUGCCCAGACUGGUUCCGGUAAGACUGGUGGUUUCUUGUUCCCCGUUUUGUCCGAAUGUUACAAGAACGGUCCUCUCCCUGUCCCAGAGACCGCCGGUGCCUUCUCUUUCAACAAGGUUUACCCAACUGUGUUGAUUAUGGCUCCAACUAGAGAAUUGGUUUCCCAGAUUUUCGACGAAGCCAAGAAGUUCUGUUACAGAUCUUGGGUCCGUCCUGCCGUUGCCUACGGUGGUGUUGACAUUGGCCAGCAGAUGAGAACUUUGCAAAGAGGUUGCGACUUGUUGGUCGCCGCUCCAGGUCGUUUGACUGAUAUGUUGGAAAGAGGCCGUGUCUCUUUGGCCAACGUCAAGUACUUGAUCUUGGAUGAAGCCGACAGAAUGUUGGAUAUGGGUUUCGAACCUCAGAUUAGACACAUUGUCCAGGAAUGUGACAUGCCAGACGUCCAAGACAGACAAACUUUGAUGUUCUCUGCUACUUUCCCAAGAAACAUCCAGAUGUUGGCAAGAGACUUCUUGAAGGAGUACAUUUUCUUGUCCGUUGGUAGAGUUGGUUCUACCUCCGCCAACAUUACACAGAAGGUCUUGCUUGUCGAGGAUGACGAGAAGAGAUCUGUGAUCUUGGACUUAUUGUCAGCUGCAGACCUCGGUUUAACUAUUGUCUUUACGGAAACCAAGAGAAUGGCCGACUACUUGGCCGACUUCUUGUACGACCAAGGAUUCCCAGCUACUGCCAUUCACGGUAACAGAACUCAGUACGAGAGAGAGAAGGCUCUUGCUGCUUUCAAGAGCGGUUCCGCUCCUAUCUUGGUCGCUACUGCCGUUGCCGCUAGAGGUUUGGAUAUCCCUAACGUUCAGCACGUUAUUAACUACGACUUGCCAACUGACAUUGACGAUUAUGUUCACAGAAUCGGUCGUACCGGUCGUGCUGGUAACGUUGGUAUUGCCACUUCUUUCUUUAACAGAAACAACAAGAUCAUCGUCAAGGACUUGCUCUCCCUUUUGACUGAGGCCAAGCAGGACAUCCCAGACUUCUUGGUCAAGAUCUCCAGAGAGUCCUCUUACGGUCGUGGCGGUGGCCGCGGUGGCCGUAGCGGUGGCUUCGGUGGCAGAUCCAGUGGUGCUACCAGAGAUUUCAGAAGACAAGGUGGCGGCGGUGGCUUCGGCGGCAGCAGUGGCUUCGGCGGCGGUUCCUACAACAAUGACUUUGGCAGCUCCAGAUCUCUGGGCUACUCCUCCAACUAUGGUAACCAAAACCAGAGCACCUCUUGGUGGUAA